AUGGGCAUGCUCCAGAGCCGCGCGAAGAUCGAGGUCGAGCCGGAGACGGGCGUGACCUUCGCGGACGUCGCGGGCUGCGACGCGUCCAAGUUGGAGCUCGAGGAGGUCGUCGAGUUCCUCAAGUCGCCCGACAAGUUCGAGGCCGUGGGCGCCCAGUGCCCGCGCGGCGUCAUCCUCGAGGGCCCGCCGGGCACGGGCAAGACGCUCCUGGCCCGCGCCGUCGCGGGCGAGGCCGGCGUGCCGUUCAUCUCGACGUCGGGCUCCGAGUUCGUCGAGAUGUUCGUCGGCGUCGGCGCGAGCCGCAUCCGGUCCAUGUUCGGCGACGCGAAGAAGAACGCGCCCUGCAUCAUCUUCAUCGACGAGAUCGACGCCAUCGGCCGCCAGCGCGCGUCCGGCGGCGGCUUCCAGGGCGGCAACGACCAGGGCAGCAAAAGGCGCGAGCAGACGCUGAACCAGAUCCUCACGGAGAUGGACGGC